AUGAUAGCUUUAGAAACAUCAGAAAAAAUGAACAAAUUGCCCAAAAAGCCCAAGGUUCAAGAAAAAUAUCAAAACGGUGCGAGUGAUUCGCUAGAUGAUACUGACGUGGAUUCAGGGCAAGAAAUUGAUGAAAAUGUUGUGGAAAGUGCGGACGAAGGUGAUGUGGAAAAUGAAUCUGACCACAGUCUUGAUACAGGCACUGAGAAGGAAGAGGAUGGCUCUUCAGUAUCAGACUCGGGCGACGAUGAUGAUAAAUCGAAGGCAAAUCCUGGCUGGGCCGAUGCUAUGCAAAAAAUCUUGCGCACUAAAAAGCCAAAAAGAAAGAAGACAAUAGUGCUAUCAAAAGCAAAAAGAUUAUGUGAUCUGGUAUCAAAACAAACAAAAGACAGUGCAAGUAAGGUAGAUGCUGAAUCUGUUAUUGAAGAAGUAUCGGAUAAAUUAGCAGGAAAUGAAAGUAAGACUGAAAAAGAAGCAGAACACAGUAGAAGAAAGAGGAGAGAGGUGGAUCUAGGCAUAAGAAUCAAACCGUCAGUCUUGGAUAGAGAACGAGAGAGGACAUUACAAAAAAUAGCCACAAAAGGUGUGGUGCAGUUAUUUAACGCAGUACGUCAACAGCAGAAGGAUAUUGAUAAACGCCUACAAGAGGCUGGGCCACUGGAAAGGAAGCGUGAAAUGGUUUUAAAAAAUAUAGACAAACGAGUAUUCUUGGACGUUUUGAUGGGUGGCACUAGAAGUAUUCCUGUUGAUGGUCCAGUUAAAUCUGAGGAACAGGAAAAUAAUGCAUUAAGAAAAGGAGAAGAGAACGAAAAAACGUGGGAUGUUCUGAGGGAUGACUUUAUGAUGGGAGCUAAGCUAAAAGAUUGGGACAAAAAUGUUGAAGAAGAUGAAGAUUCGUCAGCCCCGGAAGAAAUGGACAGCGAUGAUUAA